AUGCUCUCUACGCAGGCUGAUACAGGUAGUCAAAAAAACACAAUUUUAUCGAAGACUUCUAUACCUGAAACUGAUGUCAUAAUAAAUGAUUCUGGAGCAUGUGGUGUUCUGGUGUUAAAUCGUCCAAAAGCUUUGAACGCUUUAAAUCUGUCCAUGGUUCAAAAAAUAUAUCCAAUUCUUAAACAAUGGGAACAGACAAAGAAGUUAAUUAUAAUAAGAGGGACCGGAGAUAAAGCAUUUUGUGCUGGAGGAGAUGUCAAAUCAUUGGUUUUGGCUUUGAGUCAACCAAAUGGUGAUCAAUUGGGAAAAGAUUUUUUUAAAGCAGAGUACACCUUAAAUCAUCUCAUUGGUACUUAUAAAAAACCAUAUAUUGCCUUAAUAAAUGGAAUAACAAUGGGAGGAGGUGUCGGUUUGUCUGUCCAUGGUAAAUACAGAAUAGCCACUGACAAGACGUUAUUUGCUAUGCCAGAGACAGCGAUCGGCUUAUUUCCCGAUGUGGGUGGCUCAUACUUUUUAUCAAGGCUUAAAGGAAAGUUUGGAUUAUUCUUGGGCUUGACCGGAUAUCGACUGAAAGGUGUUGAUGUGCUGCAUGUUGGAGUUGCAACUCACUUUGUUCCAUCCAAUAAACUUGAAUCUGUAUACAAUGAAUUACUUUUACAAGAUUCGGACAUUGAUAAAGUUCUAGAACAAUAUCUACCAAAGAAUAUAAAACAGGAGUUUAGUUUAAAUCCUUAUACUGAAAUAAUCAAUGAAUGUUUUUCUGCCCCAACGGUCGAAGAGAUCAUCAACAGGCUAGAGGCAAAUAAAUCAGAAUGGGUACAAAAUAUCAUAAAAAUGCUUAAUAAAAUGUCACCCACAGCCCUUAAAGUAACGAAAAAAGCUAUUGACGAAGGAAGUAAAAAAAGUUUAGCAGAAUGUUUGAUAAUGGAAUAUAGAUUAGUUUGCGCUUGUCUUAAGAAAAAUAGCGAUUUUGCUGAAGGUGUACGAGCAUUAUUGAUAGAUAAAGAUCAAAAUCCACUUUGGAAUCCUACAACAUUAGAACAAGUUUCAGACGAUAUUGUAGAGAAAAGAUUUACACCAUUACUUCAAAAUGAUUUAAAGCUAUCGAAAUUAUAAUAUUAUGUAAGGAAACAAUUUAUAUAUAAAUGUAAAUUUAUCGAUGUCUUCUCAAAAUUUGUAUGCAUUUAAUAGCACUUUCUUCUAUAUGUAUAUACACGCGCGCAGGCACGUACAUUUCAUGUAUAUGUGUGUUACGACGCAUGUGUCGAGUCACAAUAAAAAAUAUCUAUUUUCAACCAUAUUAAAAUUAAUUUUGACAUUUAGAUGUGUAAAUUAAAUGCUUUUAGUAUAAAAACAUUGUUUUUAUUCAUGUAAAAUUAACCAAGAAAAUAAUGCACGUAUAGUACCUUACAACUAUUGCAGAUGCACAAAAAACAUGUCAGUCAUUACUAAGUAAACCAAUCACGCAAUCAACAUGAAGCAUCAAUUAUCUUUUUACAAUAAAUUUGCUAGUUUGUGUAAUCAUUCA